GUUUGCUACGUUUUCACUGUUUUCAGCUUUGAAUUAAUUUGUAGUUUCUUAAUAAAGUCGUUAUUAUUAUUUAAAAUGCCGACUAUUUGUGCUGUUUUCGGUUGUGGAAACAAAACCUUGGACAAAUCGUUGUCAUUUUAUCGGUUUCCAAAGGUUAAAGUGAAUGUUGCCUCAGAUUUAAAAACACAAAUAUUAAAACAGCGAACAGCGUGGCUUAACGCAUUACACAGAACUGAUGUUCAUGAUAGUCAGUUGAAGAACAUGAAGAUUUGUUCAGUUCAUUUUAAAUCUGGUAAACCAGCCAAUUACAAUGACGAUAAAAAUCCAGAUUGGAUACCAACCUUUAGCAUGGGCUAUAACUCUGGAAGAAGUAAAUAAUUUUUUCAUAUUUCAAUUU